AUGCCUCCGAAAGCAGUCCCUGGGAAGGGAAAUAAAGGUGAUAAAAAAGGUGAUGAAAAACCAAAGAAGAUCGGCGCCCAUCAACUCGCUCUUAACAAGGCUGUUGAGACGGCUGAAAAACUAUACAAACAACAUGAGCGAGAGCGAGCAAAGAUAGAAAAUGCCGAUCGGGCAGCCCGUCAGGAUGCUUCACUUGAUGCAGCUGUGGAGAAGGAGCGACUGCGAGUUGAUAGAGAGGAGUAUGAAAAGUUUGUGAAUGAAAUACUUGACCAGGAACAACUUGCCUACAAGGAAUAUGAAAAACAUCGAAUCUGGAGUCAUAUUCCAGAUGCAUCAAGACUUCCUAACGUACGAAGUGAGAGUUCUAUCAAUACGUUCCUUAGUGUAUGGCGUAGUGAAGAACAAGAAUAUGAUGAACAUAAUCCAACUGUUACGAUAGUCGCAAAACGUGGAUCUAUUAGUUCUCAAUCACACAGCUAUCGUUUUUUUAACAGUGAACUUGGUAUUACCCCUGCCGCUCGACGGAAGAUGUUAGAAGGCGAUCUUAAACAAUGUGUAGAAGCAUAUGAAUUAACAGAAGCUAUUCAAUUAGAAGCCGAUCGUUCUCUUACUCAACGCAAAAAAGAUGAAUUAAAAUUUUUUACAGAAAAUACAGGUAAAGUAUGGGAACAAGUACUUUCUUCUUUGGAUUUUGUAACUAUUCACACUUUACUCGGAUAUGAUGUUAUCUUGGAUGGUCCAGAUAAUGAAUUUUUUACAAUGAAUGUUCCUACUGCAGAUCCUGUAGUAAAAUUUGGUCUCUGGGUAAAAGUAAAGGAGACUACCCGUAGUUUCGCUUCUUUGGUUUUUCCGAACAUUCUUGUGCGUCUGGACCCAAAGUCAAGCGCUUUACCUAAAUUACCAAAAGCAUUGGGAUUAAGUAAGGAGAAUGUUGCCUUACGAGUUAUUCAAUUGGGAUUUAAUCCAUACAGUCAUUAUAGUUCUACUGGGCAUGAAUAUUACGCGUUAAACUGUGUUAUUAAAGUAGACCUUUUGAGUUUUACAGAACGACCAAAACAAAGCGGGGAUUGGUUAUACCGAUCUGAGACUAAGGAAGCUCAUAAGCUACAUAUUGUACCGUAUCCUCCUCCAGUAACGGAAAAUGUUGAAGAAGAUCUUUCACUUCGCAUUUCUUUUGAAGUUUCUAAUACCAUUGUUAUGCGUCAACCAAUGCUUCUUAUUGGGAAAUGGAUAAGUGAGUCACAAGAAUGGGAACCAUGCAGUCAUACAUCUGUUGCAGAAAAUAACGUUCUUGACGGUAGACGUUGUGUUUUUUCUACAGCUGAAUUUGCGACCUUUGCUAUUUUGCAAGAAAAAGGAUUUGAUAUCCCAUAUGAACAAUGGCGAUUACAACCUGCCGGAUAUGAUGAAGUAUUGAUGGUGUUGGAAGGACGUCGUCGCGGUGAGCCAAGUGACCGUGAAUUUCGUAUUCUUAUACAAGAUACACAAUGUAAGUUAAUUGCUCCAGAAGAUCCUGAGUUAGCGUAUUUGCGUGAAAAUUGGCUUGAACCUGCAACACUGGUUCGUUUACUUUCACAAGCAGGGUUUAAUUUUGCAUUAGAAGAUGAUGAUGCUGCUUUUCUCGAAAAUAUUGUACCGAAAAAUUUUGAAUUAGAAGAAAAAGCUUACGCUGAUAUUGCUCAGUUCUGUCUCUUUUAUGCUAUUGCUAGUUCUUCUCAUAAUAAAUGCGGGGAGGAUGCGGAUUUGGCUCUUUUCCGUAUCUCCAAACAGUACCGUGCGGCAGACCAUGAUGGACUGUUUGAGGUCCCAUUAGAUAAUGACUCGGAGUGGGACAGCGUGCGGUACCAGACCCAACGCUGUGCCUUUGCGGCCUUUAAAGAGUCGGAUGAAAAUCCAGAUCUUCGCAUUCUUGAUGGACAUGAAUCGCAUCUCAACUUGUACACUCUCCUCCUACAUGAAAAAGGUGAGGAGGUACGUCUUCAGUGUAUUCACAGGACAAACUUUCUUUUGCGGCGCUGUGUGUUUCAGCUGCUUUGUCUAAUUAGACCGCUCACGUGGGGUUGA